AUGAUGGCGGUGACGCGGCUGCUGGCCGUCGUGCCAGCACUGCUGCUGCUGCUCGCUCCCGCCUACGCGACCCGCUUGACGGCGCAGGACUUCCUGUCGAUGGAUUACGCCCAGGUGGAUCUGGCGGACACUAACGAGCUCUUCCUGUCCUGGGUAAAGGCGCACGGCAAGACCUACCUCGACGACGUCAAGGUGUUCCUGCACCGCUGGGAGGUCUUCAACGCGAACCUCGCGUUCGUCAAGCAGCACAACAGCGAGGGCCACACCUACCGCGUCGGCCUGAACCGCUUCGCGGACCUCACGAACGAGGAGUACCGCGCCUUCCUCCGGCCCCACCAGCCCACGCCGCGCGCGCAGCCCACGGGCUUCAAGUACGCGGACGUGCGCGACGACGACCUGCCGUUCGAGCUGGACUGGCGGGAGCACGGCGCGGUGACGCCCGUGAAGAACCAGGGCAUGUGCGGGUCGUGCUGGGCGUUCUCGACCACGGGCGCGGUGGAGGGCAUCAACGCCAUCAAGACGGGCACGCUGGUGUCGCUCUCGGAGCAGGAGCUGGUCGACUGCAACACGGACACCGACUCCGGCUGCGAGGGCGGCCUGUACGACUACGCGUUCGCGUGGAUCGCCGAGAACGGGGGCAUCGACAGCGAGUCGGACUACCAGUACAUGGCGGCGGACGACCCGUGCGACCUGACGAAGCGCGACUACGACAAGGUGGUGACCAUCCAGGGGUACGAGGACGUCCCCGCGAACUGCGAGACGUGCCUCCAGCGCGCCGUCGCCAACCAGCCCGUCUCGGUGGCCAUCCAGGCCAACCAGCUGUCCUUCCAGCUGUACGUCGGGGGCGUGUUCGCGGACGCGUCCUGCGGCACGGAGCUCGACCACGGCGUCCUCGUCGCGGGCUACGGCACCUUCAACGGCACCGACUACUGGCUCGUGAAGAACUCGUGGGGGGACUCGUGGGGGGAGUCGGGGUACAUCAAGAUGGCGCGCGGGGCCGGGCCGCCGACGGGCGAGGGCAUGUGCGGCAUCGCGAUGGCCGCCGCGUACCCGGACAAGGACGGCACGCCCAACCCGACCAUGGCGCCGCAGCCAACGUCGCCGCCGGGACCCCCCCCGGGCCCUGGCCCGGAGCCGACGCCCGAGCCCGGCCCGGAGCCCGUGCAGUGCGACAUUCUGCGGUCGUGCCCCGCCGGGUCGACGUGCUGCUGCGAGAACGAGAUGGCGGGCUUCUGCCUGCAGUGGGCGUGUUGCCCGGUGCUGGACGCGGUGUGCUGCGACGACAAGCAGCACUGCUGCCCGCCGGAGAUGCCGGUGUGCCACACUGAGCAGGGCGCGUGUGCGCCGUCCGCGGGGCUCGCCGGCGCGCCCGGGUACGCCACGUCGAAGCUCCUCAAGCGCACCCCCGCCGUCAACGUGCUGGAGAACAAGGAGUGGCGCGAGCACCUGAUGAGCAAGUCGCGCGGGGAGCAGAAGAAGAAGUGA